AUGGCCACCGGCUUCAACCACGACGAGCAAGGAGGAAGACGAGUGGAGGCAUGCUCGACGGCAUCAAGCCCGGGGAACGGGCCCGGUGAAGGAGCUGUCCGCCGCCGCCUGCGUAGGUGCAUUCCACGACUACUCGCUCGUUAUCAGGCACGCCGUGUCUAA